CAGUGGUUCAAGUUCUAUCCGUUUCAAGACUCAAUCUACUUUUCCAUGUCAUCUGUCACUGUCAUUUAGUAUUGAUUUUUAUUUGCUGUGUGAGGGAAAAACGGUAAAAUUUUUGAAUUCUAAAAAUUUGUGAAUACAAUCUGGUUUUUGUGAUAAUUUACAUAAUAAAAAGUCAAAUAGAAACUAAAAAUGACUGCUGCCGUACAGAAAAGUAAAUCAUCUAUCACCGUAAAAGGAUCAGCUGAUUUAGUCUGCGAUUAUCUACAUUAUGGGAUAAAUUCUAUUUUAUUUCAACGGGGAAUAUAUCCACCUGAAAGUUUCAAAUCUGAACAGAAUUAUGAACUUACUAUUCUCAUGUCCACUGAUAACAAGAUUAAGGAAUUUUUGUCAAAAACUUUGGAUCAAUUAAAAGGCUGGUUAGUGGAUAGGUCAGUCAACAAAAUAGCACUAGUGGUAACAAAUGUAAAAACGCUGGAAGUGAUGGAACGAUGGGAUUUUAAAGUUGAAUAUGAAGAAGACACCCUUACCAACCCGGAUAGAGUAUCGGAAAAACCUCUAAAACAAAUUAAAAAUGAAAUCCGUGAUGUACUUAAACAAAUAACAUCUUCGGUUACCUACUUACCUCUAUUAGACUGUGUAUGUAGCUUUGAUAUUCAAGUCUACACUAAACCUGAUGUGGACUUGCCAACAGAAUGGGCUGAAGCGGAGCCAGCUAACAUUAAGAAUGCGCAAAGUGUUAAGAUGAGGUCGUUUUCUACCAAUAUUCACAAAAUGGAAACUGUUGUUACUUACAAGAAUGAAGAUUAACGAUUGUUAGAGUGAUUUAGUAAAUGUGUCAAAUUUCUUAGGUCCACACUAAAGUGUUUUCUAUUUAUUGAUGUUCUCUCCUUUAAAAAGUAGUUACUAAGUAUUAAGAACAUUUUUUUAGAAUAUUAUAUUAAUAUUUUUGUUUGUAAUGUUUAAAUAAACUUAAUGUUUGUGAGUUUUAAA